CGCCAAUUCAGUUGACCUUAAAAGAAAAAUAUGAUGUCCGUUGACUGGCCUCUUAUUCACCUCUUCGGGAAACCCUGCUGAGCUGAAUUUUGGGUGCCUUCUGAGGACGCAUGGAUACAGAGGGAAGAACGAUACCCAAGGAAGGGAAGCUGACAAAAACACUUUUCCUGACUACGUUGAUUUCUGCCCUUGGAUCAUCUGUCCAGUAUGGGUACAACUUCUCUGUGAUCAACCACGUGUCUGAAGCCAUGAAAAGCUUCUACAACGAGACCUAUCGUUAUCGAAAUGGGAUCAGCAUAGACUCAAGCCUGCUGAUGUUCCAGUGGGGUCUGACGGUCUCCUUCUUCCCGCUCGGAGGCCUCUUGGGGUCCCUGCUGGUUGGGCCACUGGCGGACUCUUGUGGCAGGAAAGGUGCUUUACUGGCAAAUAAUGUGUUGGCCAUAACCUCGGCCAUCCUCAUGGGCUCUUCCACAGCCAUGCGUUCCCACGAGUUCAUCAUCUUCGCACGCUUGAUCAUUGGAACAUGCACAGGUGUUGCCUUUAGCGUCGUCCCCAUGUACGUCACAGAACUGGCCCCCACAAACCUGAGGGAAACCCUUGGCAUGGUGGCCCACCUCUUCAUCCUUUUCGGUGGCCUGCUGGCUAUUCUCUUCAGUCUUCCCCAAAUCCUAGGGACGCCAAAAGGUUGGCCGAUACUAUUGAGCCUCGUUGGAUUGCCGGCAUUGUUUCAGAUCAUUGCCCUGCCCUUUUGCCCCGAAAGCCCAAGAUAUCUGCUGAUUCAGCGGAAGGAUGAAGAAAAGGCUCGGCAAGCCUUAAAAAAGCUCAGAGGCCAAGAUGAUGUGGAGGAAGAGAUGGAGGAACUUCGUCAAGAAGACGCCACUGAGAAGUCGGAGAAAGAUAUGGAUGUGUUCAAGUUCCUACAGUCCGAAGACCAGCGGUGGAACCUCAUCACUGCCGUCGUCCUGAUGGGUGGCCAGCAGCUCUCUGGCAUCAAUGCAGCGCAACAUUAUAUGGAGAGAAUCUUCACGUCGACACGCAUCGGAGCAGCGAUCGUGCCAUAUAUCACCAUGACGAUUUAUAUUCUCCUUUUGUUCACCCUCGUACUAGCGUUGUAUGUUGUGGAAUCUUUUGGGCUGAAGAAUCUCCUUCUGACCGGCUUUGGGAUCUGUAGCAUAACCUGCAUCCUUCUUACCAUGUCCCUCGAACUUCAGAAAACCGUCUUAUGGCUGUCUUACUUCAGUGCAACUUUUGUCUCUCUCUUCCUGAUUGGGCAGUGCAUUGGGCCAGAUUCAGUGGCCAAUGUGAUGAUAUCAGAACUGUUCCUUCAGUCGUCCCGAUCCUCAGCUUUCGUGGUUACAGGAUACGUACACUGGCUCUGCCGAUUCCUGAUUGCCGUGGUGUACCUGCAUGUAGAGACCUAUCUUGAGCCCUACAGCUUUCUGUUCUUCUGGCCCCUCUGCGUCGUCAGCUUUAUCUAUCUCUCCAAGAUGAUUCCAGACACAAGAAACAAGACUUUUCUGGAGACCCAGCGCCUGGUGGCCCUUCAGACGGCUAGGAGGAUCUUGAUCAAGGAGCUCAUGGUGGCCUCAGACAGUUAAAAAGGGCAGCAGAAGACCUUCAUAGAGCUGAAGGUCAUCAAGAAAGCCUUGGUGAUCAUCCUUGAGGUCACAGAGCAUGUGGGAGUUCCUUU